AUGUGCAAAUUUAGGAGGUCCCCUACAAAUAUCAUUCAACAAUGUAGAAAUGUUACAGAUGGAAUAAAAGAACGAUUGGGAUCAAGACUGUUCUAUAUAAUCUUGAGCGCCAUAUGCGUUGUCCUUGUGAUAUGCAUUGUCAGCAUCAUAGUUGCUACCACAAGAAAACGAGAUAUCUCAGAAGAAGGUGAGGAAAUGGACACCACGACUAGAAGAAGCACAACUAAGCUGACAACUACAACAAUGGCGACAGCACAUCCGGAUAUUUACUGUGCCUUUGCAGUAGACUUGCUCACCUUUAAUAAUAACUCGGAAAUAAUGAAGGAAACGGAGAUGGUUUCUGAUAUUGCCCAGAAAGUCGUUAAUACCAGCUUAAGUUCAAGUGCAGGCUUUUGGGCUUACGGUCAAGUAAACCAGAAUAUAGCGUCGAAGAAAUUCUAUACAGUUUUUGAAAAUAUGGCAAAUGACAGUUCAAUAAUUUUCGAAAAGGCGUAUAGGGAAAUACUACCCGGUGAUUUUCCUUGUCCACCCGCUGAUGAAAGUGCAAUCGAUCACAUCAACCGAUCAAGGGAUGUACGCAAUGUAGCAAAUUGUCUGUUAUUUUUUUCGGGCAUAAAGGAGCCCGAACCAUGGUGGCAGAUUCAACCGAUAUACAAUUAUAAAAGCAUUGUACUUGUCAGUUUGCGAGGAGUUGAUCUCGCUGACAACAUCGGAGAUCGAGGAGUUGCGCUGAAAAUACCCUUCGACAACUACAGCUAUAAAGAUGUUGAUAUUGUAUACAAUGCUAUAAAGAGUCGCUUUGGAAUGUAA